AUGGAAAAUCAGCAUUUUAACGAAGACUCUGCACUUGAGAUCUUUCACAGCAUUGAAACAGAAGAAUUAAAGCCAAAGAAACUCAGGAACAGCUUCAAAUGAGAAAUAACUUACAGAAAUCCUGGUGGAGUUAUAUUAUUGAGCACUCACCUAGUCCCCUCAAAAGAAUUCACAGCAUUCAAGAUGAUCCAGCUCCUAGAUAAAAUUAUUAUACAGCCAUCUUAUCAGAAAUUUAAUUAG